UUAGCACUUUACAUCACAGCUCAAAAAAUUGCAACACUAUGGCUUCUAUUCUUGUCUUAUAUUUCAUCCUUUUCUCUACACUCUUUAGCAGUCUUAAUGGCAAAUUCUCUGAGCAAUUCCCUUUAGCCAUAUCCACAAAACGAAUGGAGAAAAUGACUCGCCUGAACUUCUACUUCCAUGACGUCCUAAGUGGAAGUAGCCCAACAGCCAUCCUGAUUGCUGGGCCAUCGAGUAAGAUGGCCAAUAAAUUUGGCAGUACUUUCAUGAUUGAUGAUCCCUUGACGGAAGGACCAGAACCUACUUCAAAGCUUGUGGGACGAGCACAGGGAAUGUACAGUUUGGCCUCACAACAUGAUAUUGGGUUGCUGAUGGUUAUGGACUUUGCAUUUGUGGAGGGUAUGUAUAAUGGCAGUACCCUAAGCAUUCUUGGCCGUAAUCCUGUUCUCAAUACGGUGAGGGAAAUGCCGAUAGUUGGAGGCAGCGGACUUUUCAGGUAUGCUCGAGGCUACGCAUUGGCAAGGACAGUGUCAGCUGACCAGAAGACAGGAAAUGCUGUCGUUGAAUACAAUAUUUCUGUUGUGCACUUCUGAAUGUUUUGUACAAUCUGUGGUGCUUGCAUUUGUUCCUCUCGUUUGUUUCUUUUAUUCGGGAAUAUUGUGAAAAGGAAAGUGUUUUGAUUUUCUUAAGCAAUGUUGUUCCAGAGUUCAGAUUUCAGAAUGUUAGUAUUCCAUACUAUGGUUUGAGGCUACUGUUUUUGAGUUUCUCUUGGACAAUAAACGAUUAUCAUUGAAUCA